AUGGCCUUGAGGAACCACAGCACCAUCACAGAGUUCAUCCUUCUUGGAUUGGCUGUUGACCCCAAAGUCCAGGUACUGCUCUUUGUCCUCUUCCUAGGAGUUUAUCUCCUGACCGUGAUGGGGAACCUGAUGAUGAUGGUGGUCAGAACUGAUUCCCGCCUCCACACGCCCAUGUACUUCUUUCUGAGCCAUCUCUCCUUCCUGGAUCUUUGCUUCUCCACAGUCACAGUGCCCAAGCUCCUAGAGAAUCUCCUGUCUGAAAGGAAAACCAUUUCAAAAGAAGGCUGCCUGGCUCAAGCCUUCUUUGUGCUUGACAUUGGAGGGACUGAAAUCUUCCUCCUCUCUGCCAUGGCCUAUGACCGCUAUGCCGCCAUCUGCCACCCCCUGCUCUAUGGUCAGAUGAUGAGUAACCAGCUGUGUGUGAGGCUGGUGUGGGUAUCAUGGAGCGUGAGUUUGCUAGAUGCAGUUAUCAACAUCUCCCUGACUGUGAACUUGAACUUCUGUGAGGCCUAUAUCAUCCCCCACUAUAGCUGUGAACUUCCUUCUGUGCUCCGUUUGUCCUGCUCUGACGUCUCCAGCAAUGUAGUUGUAUUGAUCAUCGCCUCACUACUGCACGGAUUCGGUACGUGUUGUCUGAUCUUCUUCUCUUACGUCCACAUCUUCUCUGCCAUCCUGAGCAUCAACUCUGUGAUGGGCAGAAGCAAGGCCUUCUCCACCUGCUCCUCCCACCUCAGUGUAGUGAGCUUCUUCUAUGCCUCAGCAUUACUCCGCUAUCUCUUACCAACCUCCGGUACGGCUCUAGAACUCGUCUUCUCCAUACAGUAUGGUGUGAUCACUCCCCUCUUGAAUCCUCUCAUCUACAGCCUGAAAAACAAAGAAGUAAAGGCAGCCAUGAGAAGAAUCCUGAGGAAAUAUUUGCAGGGGCACAGCUAG